AGAGAGAGAGAGAGAGAGAGAGAGAGGAAAGAGGAACACAGAAGAGAAGAGAAGAGAAGAGAAGGAUGGUAAGGCUGACAGCAGACCUGAUAUGGAAGAGCCCUCAUUUCUUCAAUGCCAUUAAGGAGCGUGAGUUGGAUCUUCGAGGUAAUAAGAUUGCUGUAAUCGAGAACUUAGGAGCCACCGAGGACCAAUUUGACACGAUUGAUCUGUCGGACAAUGAGAUUGUAAAGCUCGAAAACUUGCCUUAUCUAAACCGAUUGGGUACUUUGCUCAUUAACAACAAUCGAAUUACCCGCAUCAAUCCCAAUAUUGGUGAGUUCUUGCCAAAGUUGCACAGUUUGGUUCUGACGAACAACAGGCUUGUCAACUUAGCAGAGAUCGACCCUCUCGCGUCCCUCCCUAAGCUGCAAUUCCUAAGCCUUCUGGACAACAACAUCACCAAGAAGCCCAAUUACAGGCUCUACGUCAUCCACAAACUCCGCUCCCUUCGCGUUCUUGAUUAUAAGAAAAUCAAAACCAAGGAGAGGUUGGAGGCUAAGAAUUUGUUUGCAUCCAAACAAGAUGAAGAAGACGCUAUAAAAGAAUCCGCCAAGACGCUCACGCCGGUCGACACUGCGGAUGUCCCUCAAGCUGCUGCUGCAGAAGACGAAGAUACAACCCACAAAGUGGUUGCUCCCACUCCCGAGCAAAUCACCGCCAUUAAGGCUGCCAUUGUGAAUUCUCAGACGCUGGAAGAGGUUGCAAGACUUGAAAAGGCAUUGAAGUCCGGACAGCUUCCUGCAGAUUUCAAACUUUCAGAUGAUAAUGCUCAGUCCGGCAGCAUUCAAGGAACAGAUGAAAGUAAAGUCCAGAAUAAUGAAAAUGAGGCUGAUGGUGAACCAAGGGAUGUGGAGGGACAGGGUAAAGAUGAAUCUGCACCCAUGGAACAGGAGUAGACCGGGGGUGCGUUUCUAUUGUUAUUUGGUUGUAUUCGCCGUGUUGCAUCCGUGAUGGCUAGUGGGGCGAGCUCUCAACUGAGACUCAUCAAUUCCUUUAUGAUCAGAGAUAUGCUAUGCCUCUUUAAAUUCUCUUAGGUUCUAAUGAUGCUGAUCCUUUUUUACUUUUUUUUUUUUUCUUUAUUCUUUUCUUGCGUGUUAAAAGAGGUCUUUAAGGGUGUUGAAGAUCCUUAAUGUUGUACUUGAAUCUGUUGGAAUCUUAAUAUAUAAUAAUAUACGCUUUAAUUGACUUUAA